AUGGACCUUGACUCAGAGUCGGACUCAGACAACAACAACAACAACAGCUUCGACAUGGGGGUUGAAAUUGCGCAUUACAAAGAGAAUGACCUGUUACCCGCCAAUGUAGAUUUUUCCGAAUUAGAAGACCCCCCGCAACAAAACCCAGGAGACCUGGGCCAUUUCAAAAUGCCCAGUCUAUCUCUUGAUGAGCCCCCACUACCGCACAACCUCAUUCAUCAUAAUCCGCCCGUAAACAUACAAACAUGGCCCGACCCGCCUUCAGACGACCCCGACUCCAACUUAGAAGAUGAGCUAGAGCUUAGUUGUCAAAUUAUCAAUGGCCCUGAUCGCGACCCCGAGUACGUUGAACGGGACAAUGUUGAUGUCCCCCAUGUCGACCCCGAUGACGAGCCCAGGCUCACCGAGGAGGAGAUGCGCGAGGCGCUGGAAUUCAAUUUUGGCGAUAUGCUUGACAAUGAAUGGGUUGAAAUGUAUCACAAUCGCCGAACUCUUCAGCUCUUAGCCACUUGUAUUUGCUCCCAUUUCUCGCGUCAAACCGAAUUCAUUGCGUACCGCCGGCUCCAAAUCCUCUCAGGGCUCGAAACUUGUGUUUACGACUGUUGCAUCAACUCCUGUGUAUGCUACUUGGGCAAGUACCAGGAACUUGACAAAUGCCCGUUCUGUCAAGAGCCUCGGUGCAACGGCAGAGGCAAAGCAAGGCGGGUCUUCCGCUACACCCCCUUAAUCCCUCAGCUUCAGGGCCUUUUCCAAAACGCACAAAUGGCCAAAAAACUCCGAUACCGGGUUGAAUCAGAUGCCAAGUAUAAACCACAUGUUAUUUUCGAUGUGUUCGACAGUGACAACUACCUUAGGCUCCAACAAACACGAGUCCACCCCAACCACCCGUACCACUUUUUUGACAACCCCAAAGAUAUCGCUCUAGGCUUGUCGACAGAUGGAUUUACGUUAUUUAAACGGCGUAGACGUGGGCUUUCCUGUGCUUGGCCAAUUAUAUUGAUUAACUACAACCUUGAUCCUAGUAUCCGCACCCACCUUGAGAACGUAAUCUGCGUUGGAGUUAUUCCGGGCCCAAAACAACCCAAGGACAUUAACUCUUUUUUUAUCCCCCUGCUCAACGAGUUACUAGAGCUUCAACAAGGUGUAUCUAUGCGUGGUAUUUCGGCAGAGCCCGAGGGCAUUCUGUAUGAGUUUGUAUUACGCGCAUUUAUAAUCAUCAUAUUUGGUGACAUUCUGGCCAUUUCAAAACUCAUGAUGAUAAAAGGGCACAACGCGUUCUUGCCUUGUCGCACCUGUCUUAUUGAGGGCCAGUUGUGCCAAUUGAAGCAAACAGCCGUCUAUUACAUGCCUUUGAGGCUCCCGGGCCCAGGUCAAAUACGCCAGUGGUCCCACGAUGCCCUUCCAAUUCGAACUCAUGAACAAUUCCUACGGCAAUAUGCCAAGCUGGGUGCGGCAAGAACACAGGCCGAGCGUGAAGAAAUUGCUCGAAAUUCAGGCAUUAACGGGGAGCCCAUAUUUACGCAGCUUCGUUCAAUCGACCUCCCCUCAAAUUUCCCUUACGACAUUAUGCACUUGCUGUUUGAGAAUCUUGUCCCGAAUAUGGUCAAACACUGGACUGGGGACUUCAAAGGACUUGACGAAGGAACCGGAACUUACAGAAUAUCAAAGGCCCAAUGGAUGAUGGUUGGACUACUCACGGCUCGGGCCACUUGA